AUGGUUGCUCAUGGCUGGAUCCUGACCAGCCUGAUAUUCUUUCUUCUUUUUUAUCCUCGCGGUUCUCUAGCUGCGCUUGUCAACGUCACUGUCGACGAUACUAAUGGUGAUCUUGUUACUGGAGUUCCUGUAGUGUAUUCGCCACCCCAAGCGUGGAACAUCGGACAAAAUUGUACUGGCUGUACUGCCAAACCGGAUCCGGCACAGGUCUAUAUGGGAACUUGGCACGACGCUACCUUCGUACCGACUACCAGCGACAGCGCAAGCGAGGGCAUCAUCUCGCUUACGGUGCCAUUCAAUGGUGGCGCGGUCUACGUCUACUGCAUCCUGACGUUUACGUUCGACCAUCCGGCCGGGAACUCCGACAUGCUAUUCUGGAUUGACAACGAUAUCGUCGGGACCUUUGAGCUUCCAGCGAACGGAAGCACCGUGUAUGACUAUCAUUUUCCUGUAUAUGUCAACGAAUCUAUUGAGGCCGGUCCGCAUACCUUUCGCCUGGAAACAGGGCACAACAAUACGAAGUCGACACUGCUCUUCGAUUCCCUUGUAUACACGCAUGACGAUACUAGUAUGGGGAACUCAACUUCCGGAGGUGGUUCCCGACAUAAUUCAUCCCAUGUCCACGGAAGUCCGCGACCGGGACAGCAGCUCGAGAACGCUAAGCAUAGCUUGUCGAAGAAAUUCACAAUCAUCAUCGCUGUCGUAUCAUCACUGCUCGGGACAGUCAUCGUAAUUGGUACGGUGAUACUGUUCAUCAUCCUGCGCCGGCGCCGACGGCAGAGGAGCCAGCAAUUGUCCAGCCCCUCUACUGAAUCAUCAGACUCACCCACUGCUUUGCUCGGGAAAGAGGGUCCCGGGGAGAGGUGGAUUGCGAGACAUUCGCAGGACAAAGCUCUACCACCGAUUGUCACCGACACCCACAGCCUUCAGUCUGGGAGUGCCAGUGCACCUCAUAGUACAGCUCGAGCCGAACAGCAACCCCCAUGGCUAAGCCGAGAUCCUUAUCCCAGCUCGAACGUUGGCCACUCGACCGUAAGCCCGGUGUCUCCGGCCACGACAACCAGCUCUAGUGGCAUCGUAUACGCCCUUCAACCACCGACCCGGAAUUCAAGUGUACGAACCAGGCGACUUCCUUCGCCUUGGGAGUCCCAAAGUGCCACUGGUCGGACGCCAAUUGUUCCCUCACCGGCUGAUACCUUGUACUUUCCUCCGACAUUUCCGUAUGCACUGGCCACCGGCGACUCGGACAUACGGUCGACUGAGCUCACGCGGUCGAGCACUCAGGCCACGUACGGAACUAUCGCUUCUUCGAUAGCUCCCUACUCGGAUCCCGUCGCUCGAGACCCUAGGGAAGAUUCGGAACUCAUGUCUCCCGUCACCGAUCGCUCCGAGCCGACGUCUGCUGCGGCCAGGAGUAUCAGAGAGCCUUUGCCACCCUCGUAUCAUGAUAGUCAAAGACAUAGUGAGAAACGUCGACGUCCCUGA